AUGCCGGAAUCACGAUCGACGGAGCCGCUGGUAUGGAUCGACUGCGAGAUGACAGGCCUCGACACCUCCAAGGACAGCAUAAUGUCAUUGGCUUGCUUCAUCACCGACUUCGAGCUGAAUGUGCUGGAUGAGAACGGCUACGAAGCCGUCAUUCACCAUUCGCAGGAGCAAAUGGACGCCAUGGGAGACUGGUGCAAAGACCACCAUGGUGCCAGUGGACUCACUCAAGCUUGCCUCUCAUCUUCCAUGACAGCAGAGCAGGCCGCAGAAGAACUGCUUCAAUAUGUCCAGAAGUAUCUACAUCAUCGCAUCCUUGAUGUGAGCGCCAUUAAAGAAGCUGCCCGUCGAUGGGCGCCGGAAGACGUGUUGAAGAGGAGCCCACAGAAGGCUGGAAAGCAUGAAGCGAGAGCUGAUAUCCUGGAGUCCAUCGAGGAAGCCAGAUACUAUCGGACUAUGUUCUUCACUGGACCGUCGGCUUAG